UGCGCCAGUGUGUAACGCUAUAGGCUGGAGGGAGGCAGCUGUUGCCAUUAUAAUAGCAGCCAGCACAGAUUCGGCAUCUUCACCCUCCCUGAGCAGAAAAAAACAUGAGUCCGCCGACACCGUCGUAAACACGCGAAACUGAGAAUAGAUUUUCAAAAGUUAAAUCAAUGGUACAGAAAAGUAGUAUGUCCAGGACGCCUUCGACCUCAACCCAGGAGAUCCAAAUGGACAUGUUCGACCAUCAUCCACACACACAGGGAAAGUACGCCAAGAGGAAGAGCCGGUUCAAGCGCUCGGAUGGAAGCACCUCCUCCGACACCACGUCCAACAGCUUUGUCCGACAGGGCUCUGCAGACUCCUACACCAGCCGGCCGUCGGACUCGGACGUGUCCCUGGAGGAGGAUCCCGAGGCCCUGAGGAAGGAGGCCGACAGGCAGGCUCUGGCCACGCUCGAGAAGGCAAAGACAAAGCCGGUGGCCUUCGCCGUGCGGACGAACGUCGGCUACAACCCCGGCCCCAGUGACGACGUUCCAGUGCAGGGCAUGGCCAUAUCCUUCGAAGCCAAAGACUUCCUGCACAUCAAAGAGAAGUACAACAAUGACUGGUGGAUCGGGCGUCUGGUGAAGGAGGGCUGUGAGGUGGGCUUCAUCCCCAGCCCAGUCAAACUGGAGAACACCCGUCUGCUGCAGGAGCAGAGGAUGAGACAGAACCGACUCAGCUCCAGUAAAUCUGGAGGCAGCUCCAGCCUGGACGUCGCCACGGGAACCCGCAGGCCCACCCCGCCCGGCACAGCUCACGUGGACACAUCCACGGUGGCCUUUGACGCUGAGCCCCUCGACCUGGAGGCCGACGAGCCCCUUGAGUCCCAGGGUGAGCCUCGCUCGCCCAGGGGCACGUCAGGCAGCGUAACGUCCCCUCAGGCCAACAUCCACCGACUGCCCUUCUUUAAGAAGAUGGAGCAUGUGCCUCCGUACGACGUGGUUCCCUCCAUGAGGCCCAUCAUCCUAGUCGGACCCUCACUUAAGGGAUAUGAGGUGACGGACAUGAUGCAGAAAGCGCUCUUUGACUUCCUGAAGCACAAGUUUGAGGGCAGGAUAUCCAUCACGCGGGUCACGGCGGACAUCUCCCUGGCCAAGCGCUCGGUCCUCAACAACCCCAGCAAACACACCAUCAUCGAGCGCUCGAGUACCCGCUCCAGCCUGGCUGAGGUGCAGAGUGAGAUCGAGCGCAUCUUCGAGCUGGCCCGCACCCUCCAGCUGGUCGCUCUGGAUGCGGACACCAUCAACCACCCAUCUCAGCUGGCCAAGACCUCCCUGGCCCCCAUCAUAGUGUACAUCAAGAUAGCCUCUCCUAAGGUCCUGCAGAGACUCAUUAAAUCCCGGGGAAAGUCCCAGGCUAAGCAUCUAAACGUGCAGAUGGUGGCAGCAGACAAGUUGGCCCAGUGCCCACCUGAGCUGUUCGACAUCAUCCUGGACGAGAACCAGCUGGAGGACGCCUGCGAGCACCUGGCCGACUACCUAGAGGCCUACUGGAAGGCCACCCACCCCCCGAGCAGCAACCCCCCCAACCCCCUGCUCAACCGCACCAUGGCCACGGCAGCGCUGGCCGCGUCCCCCGAGCCCGUCUCCAACCUGCAGGGCCCGUACCUGGUGCACGGCGAGCAGAAGCGCGAGGGCCCGCUGACAGAGUGCGGCGGCAGCGGCACCCUGCACGACUACCAGACGGACGCGGGCGGGAAGGCCCAGCACGCGCAGCAGCAGUCCUACCUGCGCUCCUCCCGCGGGCAGCUGCGGGGGGGCAGCGGGCGAGGCCUGUCGCGGCAGGACACCUUCGACUCGGAGACCCAGGGCAGCCGCGACUCGGCCUACACCGAGGCCGGCGACUCCUGCAUGGACAUUGAGACCGACCCGUACGAGGAGCCGGAGCCGUACCGCAGCGGCGGCGGCGGCGGCAGCCGCCUCCACCUGGCGCAGCACCACGGCAGACAGGCCUCCUGGGAGGACGAGGGCGCCGAGCCGGACCAGGAGAACUUGAACCACCCGCCGGCGCCGAGCCAGACCCAGACCCAGACGCAGGCGCACGGACGCGCCAAGCUGCGCGAGCGCUACUGCCAGGACCCCGUGGACACGGGGCCCAACAUGAGCCGCAACAAGAACCAAGACGACUGGGGGAGGGACGUCUACAUCCGCUGAAGGCGCGUCUCCGCCGGGGGGGGGCGGGGGGUUAGGCUGAGCCAGUCAGGCGAAUGACAAAUUAACCUGUUUACAUCACACUACAAUGUAAAGAAAACGCGAACUGCCGGACGCCACUUCCAUCAACUUCUUUCAACUUUAUUUAUGUUACAAGAACUAAUAUUGGUCUGUUUUCUGUUUGCUUUGUUGAUACUGCAUGAAUAUCAUGGAUUUCUAUACUGACAGCACGAGGACAGUAACUGUUCCGAUUGUGAAUUUAUGAUUGUAACCAAUCAGUGUUGGUCGGAGUGUGCCGGCUGGUGGAGCUGUGGUCUGUCACGUCUGUCCUCUGCGGUUCUUAAACAGGGUCUAGCGUCACCGUGCCCAUGCUUGUUUAGUGUCAGGGUUCCUCACUCAGUGCUUCUGGACGUCCGAGUUUACUCCCAUCACAAGAACCUCCACGUUCUUAUCACCCAGACCUUAAAUGGAGCCGGUGGAGAAGUUGCCAUAUUUUACCACGACGAUAAAUUGAUGUUGCUCCACUCGUGUCAUGAUAGAAACUCAAAAAAAAAACAGUCCAAAGACGCUCACUUCCUCCCCGACCCGGUUCUGCGCCCGGCUGCACCGUUUCCGUUCCUCCUCUGUGGGUGCUGAGGGGCGCAGUCACUGGGUUUCUCACUGGGUGCAGAUGUUCAGCGGCGCUGCCAGUUGUGUUCGUGCUGCCUUAGUCACUGCCGCCCCCCGAAAACACCUUUAACUCAAGAAAACUCCAAUCACAAGUGCCGGAAUGUCUCGCCAAGCCAUGUCCACCCCGACCACGGUGGGAUGUCUUAACUCUUACACUUGUUUUCAUACCGUGUGUGUGUGUGCGGGUGUGUGUGUGUGUGUGUGUGUCCGUGGCCCAUGCUGUCGCCGCAGCACGUCGCUCACCUCGUUUCCUUUGCACCAGCUUCGUCGUCUGUUUUUCAGGGCUGAUGGUGACUAUAUAAAAAGUACUUCUGUGUGGUUGAUCACUCCAAACUAACAGCUAGCUUGUCUGGUAUGAAAUACUCUCCUCUUACUUUUGAGUUCUGACCGAAUUAGUGUUGUUUUUUUUUUCCUGUGAACAUUUUCGAUUUUUAUAAAUGUUCAGUUUAGGUACGAGGAGCGUUAAAUGGGGCGGGGAGGGACAGGAUCAGCUUCGACUCAGUUAUCUAUAAUGGAGAAUCCAUGAAUGUCUGUGGUGGGCAGCUUUGGCCGACCCCUGUCUUCAGUUGAAUAAUAAAUAUUAAAUAACGAUCAGUAAAUAAUGUUAUUGUUGCAUUAUCGCAAUUGUUAAAAAAUGAUAAAACGUAUCAUUGGUGCCUGAUUGUAGCUACAUUUUGCUUUUUCUGCCUUUCAUUUUUAAUCUGUGGAUAAAUUCGUAUUUUAAUUAAAAAUUUAACCAGAAACAAA